AUGGCAAACAGAGUCGGGGACAAAGGGCAGCCUUGUCUCGUUCCCCUGGACAGGGGGAAGGAGUCCGAAACAAACCCGUUCACCAAAACUCUGGCCAUGGGCAGGAAGUACAAUAAUUUAACCCAAGCCAGCAAACAUUCCAACACAUACCCCUCUAACCAAGCCAGCAAACAUUCCAACACAUACCCCUGUAACCAAGCCAGCAAACAUUCCAACACAUACCCCUGUAACCAAGCCAGCAAACAUUCCAACACAUACCCCUCUAACCAAGCCAGCAAACAUUCCAACACAUACUCCUGUAACCAAGCCAACAAACAUUCCAACACAUACCCCUGUAACCAAGCCAGCAAACAUUCCAACACAUACCCCUGUAACCAAGCCAACAAACAUUCCAACGCAUACCCCUGUAACCAAGCCAACAAACAUUCCAACACAUACCCCUGUAACCAAGCCAGCAAACAUUCCAACACAUACCCCUGUAACCAAGCCAACAAACAUUCCAACGCAUACCCCUGUAACCAAGCCAGCAAACAUUCCAACACAUACCCCUGUAACCAAGCCAGCAAACAUUCCAACACAUAUCCCUGUAACCAAGCCAACAAACAUUCCAACGCAUACCCCUGUAACCAAGCCAACAAACAUUCCAACACAUACCCCUGUAACCAAGCCAGCAAACAUUCCAACACAUACCCCUGUAACCAAGCCAGCAAACAUUCCAACACAUACCCCUGUAACCAAGCCAACAAACAUUCCAACGCAUACCCCUGUAACCAAGCCAGCAAACAUUCCAACACAUACCCCUGUAACCAAGCCAACAAACAUUCCAACACAUACCCCUGUAACCAAGCCAACAAACAUUCCAACGCAUACCCCUGUAACCAAGCCAACAAACAUUCCAACACAUACCCCUGUAACCAAGCCAGCAAACAUUCCAACACAUACCCCUGUAACCAAGCCAGCAAACAUUCCAACACAUAUCCCUGUAACCAAGCCAACAAACAUUCCAACACAUACCUCUUUAACCAAGCCAGCAAACAUUCCAACACAUAUCCCUGUAACCAAGCCAACAAACAUUCCAACACAUACCUCUGUAACCAAGCCAACAAACAUUCCAACACAUACCCCUGUAACCAAGCCAACAAACAUUCCAACACAUACCUCUGUAACCAAGCCAGCAAACAUUCCAACACAUAUCCCUGUAACCAAGCCAACAAACAUUCCAACACAUACCUCUGUAACCAAGCCAACAAACAUUCCAACACAUACCCCUGUAACCAAGCCAGCAAACAUUCCAACACAUACCCCUGUAACCAAGCCAACAAACAUUCCAACGCAUACCCCUGUAACCAAGCCAGCAAACAUUCCAACACAUACCCCUGUAACCAAGCCAACAAACAUUCUAACACAUACCUCUGUAACCAAGCCAACAAACAUUCUAACAUAUACCCCUGUAACCAAGCCAGCAAACAUUCCAACACAUACCCCUGUAACCAAGCCAGCAAACAUUCCAACACAUAUCCCUGUAACCAAGCCAACAAACAUUCUAACACAUACCUCUGUAACCAAGCCAACAAACAUUCUAACACAUACCCCUGUAACCAAGCCAGCAAACAUUCCAACACAUACCCCUGUAACCAAGCCAACAAACAUUCCAACACAUACCCCUGUAACCAAGCCAACAAACAUUCCAACACUUACCCCUGUAACCAAGCCAGCAAACAUUCCAACACAUACCUCUGUAACCAAGCCAGCAAACAUUCCAACACAUAUCCCUGUAACCAAGCCAGCAAACAUUCCAACACUUACCUCUGUAACCAAGCCAGCAAACAUUCCAACACAUACCCCUGUAACCAAGCCAGCAAACAUUCCAACACAUACCCCUGUAACCAAGCCAGCAAACAUUCCAACACAUAUCCCUGUAACCAAGCCAACAAACAUUCCAACACAUAUCCCUGUAACCAAGCCAGCAAACAUUCCAACACAUACCCCUGUAACCAAGCCAACAAACAUUCCAACACAUACCCCUGUAACCAAGCCAGCAAACAUUCCAACACAUAA